AUGAGUGAGAGCCUGAAGACCUGCUACAGAUACCUGGAGGAAACUGGCAGGAGCUAUGCAGCUGUCAUCCAGGCCCUGGAAGGGGAGCUACAGCAUGCAGCCUGUAUUUUCUACCUGGUUUUGCGAGCUGUGGACACAGUGGAGGACGACAUGACCAUCAGUCUGGAGACCAAGAUAUCCAUUUUGAAAAACUUUCACAACUUCCUGUACCAGCCUGACUGGAGGUUCAUGGAUGGCAAGCAAAAGGAUUGCAUAGUGCUCAAAGAUUUCCCAACAAUCUCUCAAGAGUUUAGAAACUUAGCUGUGGUCUACCAGGAGGUGAUUGCCAAUGCUGUUUGUGAGCAAGCGCUGGGGAUGGUGGAGUACCUAAAGAAGCAAGUAGAGACAAUACAAGACUGGGACAAGGUGAGAAAUAGGAUCGAGUACUGUUACUAUGCAUCUAGUCCAUUGAUAUGUGGCCUAUCAGUAAUGUUCUCUGUCUCAGGGUUGGAGAACUCCAUAGUAGGAGAAGACACGAGGGUCUCCAUCUCUGUAAGUCUGUUCAUGCAGAAGAUGAACAUUAUCCGUGAUUUCCUGGAAGACCAACUCAACAACCAAGAGUUCUGGCCAAAAGAGGUGUGGAGUAAAUAUGGGAAGAAGUUGUCUGAUUUUACCAAGCCGGAAAAUACUGUGCCAGCCGUGCAGUGUCUGAAUGAGCUCAUCACUAAUUCCCUGCAACAUGUGCCUGACAUCUUUCUCUACCUGUCCCGACUGCAAAACCAGAGAGUGUUCAAAUUCUGUGCAGUCCCGCUGAUGAUGGCAAUCGCUACAUUGGCCACAUGCUACAACAACCAGCAAGUGUUUAAAAGAAAAGUGAAGAUCCGAAAGGGUCAGACUGUGACUCUGAUGAUGAACACUACAACCAUGCAGGCUGUAAAAGCCAUCACAUGUCAGUAUAUGGAGGAGGUAUGGAUGUCUUCUAUUUUUUAA